ACUCUCAAAUCUUCUUCUUCACCAAAAACCCCUAGAAACCUUAUCUCUUCUCUUCCCAUGGCUGCUUCAGCUUCUUCUCUCGCUCUCUCUUCCUUCAACCCUAAAUCUCUUCCUUUCGGCGUUUCCAGACCAGCCUCCGUUUCUCUCUUACCUCCUUCCCUCUCCUUUAAACUCAAUUCCGACUCCGUUUCCUUCUCCAUCGCCGCCAAAUGGAACUCUCCCGCUUCUCGCUUCGUCCGUAACGUUGCAAUUACCUCAGAGUUCGAGGUGGAAGAAGACGGUUUCGCUGAUAACGCAGCGCCACAAGAGCAAUCUUUCUCUGCUGACCUCAAACUCUUCGUUGGUAACCUUCCCUUCAACGUUGACAGUGCUCAGCUCGCUCAGCUCUUUGAGAGUGCCGGAAAUGUUGAGAUGGUUGAGGUGAUAUAUGACAAAGUGACAGGAAGAAGCAGAGGUUUUGGAUUCGUGACUAUGUCAUCAGUUUCUGAAGUUGAGGCAGCUGCUAAUCAGUUUAAUGGAUAUGAGUUGGAUGGUAGACCUUUGAGAGUUAAUGCUGGUCCUCCUCCACCAAAGAGAGAAGAUGGUUUCUCCAGAGGACCUAGAAGCAGCUUUGGAAGCUCUGGUUCUGGAUAUGGAGGAGGUGGUGGUUCUGGUGCUGGUUCAGGAAACCGGGUUUAUGUUGGCAACCUUUCUUGGGGAGUUGAUGACAUGGCUCUUGAGAGUUUGUUCGCGGAGCAAGGAAAGGUUGUUGAGGCCAGAGUCAUCUACGACAGGGACAGUGGUCGAUCCAAGGGUUUUGGGUUUGUGACAUACAACUCUUCUCAAGAGGUCCAAAAUGCCAUCAAUUCCUUGAAUGGUGCUGAUUUGGACGGCAGACAAAUUAGAGUCUCGGAAGCUGAGGCUAGGCCUCCAAGGCGCCAAUUUUGAGCACCAAUCUAUGACUUCCCAUUCUCAAAAACGCAUAUUCUGGAGGGCGCUUCGAAGCAAAGAGGGUUUGUGAGAUGAUGGCAGUUUCAGACGGUACUAAGCUCUUAGCUUCGCCUAUGUUUGUUGCCUUGGAUGUACGAAGGUCGUAAAGGAAUGGUCUUUUAUUUUUUUUGAGAAACGUAUAAUUAAGAUAAAACCGGAGAGACCAUGUUCUUGUCUGUCUGAAUGCUGCCAUUGACUGCUUCG